AGUGUCUAUGGCGAGAAGUCGAAGCACGCCUGGCCUGGUGGAGAGCACAGGCAAGACGCCCCUAGACUCGAUGAUCGUCCAUCGCCAUCACACACUGCCCGUGGGCCUCAUACACAAGGACGGCAGCGGUACAGGCGGAGUGGGCGGGACUUCGGGCGGAGUCGUGCCAGUGGGCGGGCCUAGGGAGGAUGACCACUCCCUCAAGGCGCUGAUCAACACUCAGAGCGAGGACAACCUCAUCUCUCGGUGUGCGGGCGAACCGCGGCGCUUUUCCUCCGACUCCACGCACCACGCGGGUAACAUGACGACGUCGAUGACCAUCUCCAGCAUGACGUCAUACUGCGGCACGCCCCCUCAGAGGUCGCCCAACGUAGGGGAAGGCGGGCCGGCCGCGGUGAUCGGGCCAGCGAUGGUGAUUGGGAAAAAUCCUUUCAGCAGCCCGCCGAGCCCUAAGAUUCUCGUGCGAAGUGACACGUCUGUGGUCAGCUCAGCUCCCCUUGUGAACGGUCACCCUUCGCUGAGCCACCUCACACCUCACCAUGGAGCCCCGCCCCCUCAACCCGUCUCGCCGGCAGCAGCAGCAGCAGCGGCAGCACACGCGCAGUACGCCUAUCAAAAUUUGACUUUCAUCAACCCCGCUGCGCACCAUCCGCAUCACCCGCACCACCACCAGCCAAUCAACUUCUUGUCUCCGUUCUGCACUCCGCCCCCUCCCGGCGCCAAUUACCCCGCCUCCCCCUCGAACUUCCCAGCAUCCCCAGCCGGCUUCCAGGGCUCCUCACCAGGGCCCGGUCUUAUCAUACCUCAAGCCCCAUCCACCCCAUCGUCACACACGGGGAUGUUGCCCUCGCCACUUGCCACUCAAGCCACGCCCCCUCUUGUCAGUUACCCAUCACACCCGCAUUCCCCAGCCCUGUUGCGACACGCCUCUACUCACCUUGGCACCGCCUCUCCGUCAACGACGACAGCUCAGCUCAGUCAGCUCCUGCCAUCCUCUUACGUGCAUCAGCCGCCUGCCCCCGCACCUGCCCCCGCCCCUCUCUCGUCAUCCUCCUCACUGCAGCACUCGCCCCUCCCACAAAGAGACGAGGGCCAAUCAGAAAUGCUGCUGAAAGAAAUCACUCGCCUCCGCGAGCGGCUCGCCCAAUUAGAAGGCGAGAAUAGCGCGCUGACUGUCAAACUGAACCAACAGCAGUGGGAUGUGGAGUCGAGACUCACAGAGUUAGAAAUGCACAUAUGCCAGAGUGAUAGUGUGGCCAGCACGGAGUUUGAUGGAGACAGUUUGAGACAGGAUUCCAAAUCCACUCCCCCAGCUGUCAACAGAGAAUCCAUUAUUUAAGACGAUCCAGUUCAGGGCUCAUCUGUCACGGACGACGGCGUGUUUGUGACUGAAAUCUUUUAUAUUAUAAUAUUAUUAUUAUUAUUAUUAUUAUCUAGUAUGUUUAUCAAUAUUAUUACUAUGUUUUGUAUCCAAGAAUUCUCAGCAGGAUGCAGUGACUAGAAGGUCAGAUUCUGGUUGUGUUUUUUUAGUGUGAGAGAAGCUAAGAAGUAGAUAGAAUGAAGAGAGAUUGGUGGGGGGGGGGAUUUUUUUUAAAUUGGGAAACAGGGAGGUUUAAAUUGGGAAACAGGGAGGUUGAUAGAGAGGAAACAUUUUAAAUGAGAGAGAGAGAGAGAGAGAGAGAGAGAGA